CUGGCUUCUCCGGAAUAUUGCUGCCGCGAUCAGUAACAACAGCUGCACAGAGUCAGCGCAUUUCUAGUAUCAUAAUCUCAACGACUUUACAAUAAUCGCUAACUGUGUUGGUGACGAAAGUGGUGAAGAGCGUACGAACUGUUAUUUUUAUUAAAGGUGACACCAGAUACGCUUGUCGUGAGUUGAAGGAUUGUUGGCCUGUGGACGAAUCAAUCUGAUCUGUUAUUAACAGCGUAGUUGUACGAUACAAGGAUUGUGACAUUGACGCCGUAACUACUUUCCUUACCAGAUAAUAAGAAUCAAAUACGGCGGACGCAUAUCAUAGAAACUGAGUGACGGUGUGUGACAGCAGGACUGUAUUAGCAAGCAAAAAAGUAGCAUCAGCAGCAGGACGAUAACAACAACAGCAUCACAACACUGUCAUAACUAGUAGUAACCGGAAGAGGAAAAAGCAACGUGAUCAACGCGAAUGACUUUCCGCAACGACAACAACGACACCCUAUUCCUGUUCAUUUCGUUUUCUUUUAUUGCGCCGCUUCUAAUCUUUUUUCUUUUUUGGUUUGGCUUUACUUCUGAUGCUUUUCCUUUUUUCCCGCGAUAAAAAUUAGCAGUAGGCUGCGUCUCUCUGUCUCUCUCACGUUCUCGCUCUUGUUGUAUAGUGAGUUUUCUUUUCUCUUGACGUCGGUGUCUGAUUAUCGUCUGGCUCAGUGCGCGUAUAUUCUGUUCAUCAUUUCCUAUAGAAGAGUUGUUUAAAGAGGCUUGUAGAACUCUGGCGCGUGUGCGUGUGUAUAUAAACAUUAGAUGACCUUUUUGUCGGAUUUUUUUCGAUAAAUGUAGGCACGCGCUCAAUCUAAUCAAUUCUGUCAAACCUGCGACACUCAAGUCUUAUUUGGUCUUUGGAAUUUAGAGCUAAAAACAUUCAUAGCAGAAGAAAUGGCAAACCGCCAACGAGAAUUGACGUAGCACGAUAAUAUAUUAUACCAGCGAUUGUUGGACGUGGUUGAUAUUGCCAACGUCCAAUUAAUGAACGGACCGUUAUCUAUUAACGGCGCGUGCAUAUCGUCUACUUAGUGGUUGAAGUACUUUGUGUUGCUUGUUUUUUUCUCUAAACGAUUUCUAAAACUCUAAAUCUCUAAAGGAUCUAAAGAAAAACGGCAUUUUGACUAUGAAAAACAGCCGGACUGAAGAACUCCUUUAGAGGCGAUACGAGAGCUAACUGCAUUCUAUACAAUUGUUUUUAAAUAUAUAGGCCUGUGUAUGGGCACGUAAUCAUCAUACAGCUAUUCCAUACAGGUGCCAUAAAUAAGUCUUUCUAAUCGCAUCUAAUACUGGAGACACCGGGGAGCUAACCUUGCCGGUGAUAAUAUUAUGGACCAAUAGAAGGCAUAAUGUGUGAAUGAAAUAGAAUCACAAGCCUAAAGAAUAGGACAAAGCAGAUUUUAUCGUUUAGAGAUUCACUUCAGUAAGCAAAAGCCACGGUCACCUUCGAAAAAUGAUGCCCUUAUCGUGGCCUCUUCUCUCAGCCUAUUUUCUCGUGGGCAUGCUGGCUAUUGCCUUCGGGAAGUGUCCAACCCAAUGCAGAUGCACAUCGUUGGAAGUAAUUUGCUCCUGUAAAUCGGGCGACAGCUUCAUCCUAUCCGAAAUACCAGCAAAUCACUUUACCUUAUCAAUCUCUAACUGCAAAAAGGUUCGAAUCCACGGAACCCCAUUUAAUCGAGGAAGUUUCGAUAGGUUUGUGAUACAAGACUCGUCCGACGUCUACAUUGCCGACAUCAGUUUCUUCGGUGUAAUAUUGAUUCGUCGACUGAAAUUUUCAAACAUCGCAAAUCUUACUUUAGGGUCCUUAUACAACCUGAAAACAGACAUAUUUGAGAUGGACAACGUGACCAUUGCAGUGCUAGACAGGGGAGUGAUACCUGGCAUUGCCGAAUUAAAGGAGGUCCGUAUUACUGACUCUCACAUUGGCGUAAUUAGGACUGGAGCUCUCCAUUUCCAACAUGAAAGUCUAGUUGAUAUCAUCGACACAUCAAUGGAUCAUAUGGAAAAAAACUCGACUUGUAUUGAUCAAGUACAGACCUUUACAAUUCGAAACUGCCAUAUUUCAUCGCUGGAUGAAGACGCAAUAAAUCUCAUGCAUGUCGGAAAGGUGGUCUUGAGUGGCACCUCUAUAGAAAGGCUCAAUGAAGGAAGCUUUCUCGCCGACAGCGUCGGAGAAAUGAUAAUCGUCCGAAACGUCUUUAGUCGCGUGGGAUCCAAUGUGGUGGAACCAGCAUUCGUCAUAGAAAACAAUCAGUUCUCUUGUGAUUGCAAUUUGCUAUGGCUUUACCAGGAUAGCGGAUAUCACAAAUUGGACAAGUUCUUUAACUCUACAUGUUUAGCACCGGAAACGCUUGCAGGUAUUUCGCUUAAAGACGUAACACCUCUUAUCACCGUAAUGGAUCAGUGUCUCGGAUUCAAAGCCAUAGAUGAAAAGUCUUACACAACUCGUAACGGGUAUGCCCAGAGGAAUACCACUGUUCGUGCCCUUUCCGUGAAUUCUGGGGAAAAUCUGGGUUCUUCCUCAGCGAUGUUUGUUACUAUUUUUAUGUUCGGUUUCUUACGUUUUGCAUGCAUCUAAUCCACCCAACGAGCUAAAUCGUCGUGGUCGGUGGACGAUUUGGCUUACAAAAUCGUUUGGUUUUUAAUAAUACAAAACAAGCUCUUUCUUGUCAACCUGAAAAAAAAACCAGCAAAACCAAAUUUCAAAGAAUUUUGUCUGCCUUGUCCAAAGAAGUGCUUCGUUGUUAAAAGGUCUCGUUAAAGAUAAGCGUUGUUAAAUACGGCUUCUCUUGAGCUUAGAUUGAAAAAGAAGAAUAUAGCGUUGCGAAAUGCAAUUAGUACAUCAUGUCUAUAUUCAUAAAUGAAUCUUCACCAAUAAAUUGUUAACUAUGAUAGUGUUAUCAUUUUAGUCUCAUAAAUUUUCAUAACCAGAUUCAUCGUAACUACAAAUAUCUUUCACCACAUCAUAAAUGGAUUGUAUAAUCACCCUUAAUCUGACCAAGAUUAGUUCGCAGAGUAUUAAUACUUCUUGCUAUUAUAGAUAAUUAAGCUUAUAGGGUUGUAAAAAUUCCGUUAUCACUGGCACUAAGCAGUCCGAUGAGCUGACCGUUACUGUGUGUAACCAUAAAUUAUCUAUCUAUUAUUAACAAUGAAUACACGCUAUAGUUAUACAAUAUACAAGUUUAAUGUACAGGUUCAUUCUUUUUUUUUCGUAUAAAUAUACUUAGCGUGGACUCAUUCGUUAUGAUAACAUUUGUAUCGCGCCACUGUCUUAUUCACACGCAUAGGACACAACCUAGUUAUAUAGGUAAUCUGCCAACCGUUUUUUACUAAUUCACCAAAGCUAUUUCACCGUUCUUCUUCUUCUUCAAGAUUCUCAGUGUGAAUGUAAAGCGUACUUAAAUCACGGCAUCGAUUUACCCCUAAACCAAAAGAAGAGGCCGCUGGAUCUGACCCGCUGCGUUCAGAUUACCAGUACUAUUGUAACUAUCAUUUGUAAUAUCAUAAUUAAUUAUAGUACAUAUGUUGUCUUUGUCCUCCCUAGCUUGUUGCUUUUCAUUAAUGACACACAAAGGGGUAGAACUGCACCGCAGUAUACCACCUCAUACAAGCCAUUACAACGUCAUAUUAUAUUUUGAUGGUUUGACCAUAACGUGCACUUCAACAUACAAUUUGUUCCUUAGCUGCUGUUGAUCAGCACCCUUUUAUGCAAAUACACACUGUUACAGAUAUCGUACUAAACUUCACGCAUACAUUGUUUCAAAUGCCAUUCGUUUCCGGUCACUUGGUCGCUUAUAUCCAGCCUACCUUCAAAACAUAUUAUUAUAAUUGAAUUAUUAUUAGAAUCCCAAUGAAUUCUAGGACGUUACGUUUAACCAUUCAUUACACCACAAUACUCCACUGCCGUAACGAAUCACCAUUCAUACUUAGAUAAAAAAAAAAAAAGAAAAAGAAACGUAGGGGCC